UAUAUCUAAAAAAAAACCAUCAAAAUCAUUUAUCAGUUGAGAAUUCACAUGGCACACUCUCGUUUUCUUAAUCUUGUUUUAGUCUUUGUGACUGUGGCCUCCAUAUUCUCUACAUUUGCUGAGGCCAAUAGGGCAUUUGGAUGGGGUUGGGGUAAAGGCUCAAACUAUUCAAGCAGUUCAGGUUCAAGCCGGGGCUCGGGAUGGGGUUGGGGUAAAGGCUCAAACUAUUCAAGCAGUUCAGGUUCAAGCCCGGGCUCGGGAUGGGGUUGGGGCUCUAGCCGGAACGGCUCAGGAUGGGGUGCAGGCACCAACUAUUCAAGUGGUUCAGGUUCAAUCCCCGGUUCGGGAUGGGGUUGGAGUUGGGGUAAGGGCUUCAACCAUUCAAGUGGUUCAGGUUCAAAUCCAGGAUGGGGUUGGGGAUGGGGUCCUAACAACGGACAAAACUCAGGAUCUGGCAGCUCGGGUUCUGGUUGUGGUCCUAAAAAUACAAAUAGCUCAGGAUCUGGCAGCUCCGGUUCUGGCUGGGGCUGGGGAGGUCACUCAAAAGGCUAUAACGUCACUUACAAUGAACCUAGGAAGAUCAUAGUGGGCGGAGAUAAAGAGUGGACUUACGGUUUCAAUUACGCCGACUGGGCUUCAAAGACUGCUCCCUUCUUUGUCAAUGACAUACUUGUGUUCAAAUACAAUCCACCAGCACCAUUUACGCACAGUGUAUACUUGUUUUCUAACCCAUCGAGCUACGAAAAAUGCGAUGUGAAGAAAGGAAAUAUGAUAGCAUCACCAAAGCAAGGUGCUGGGAAUGGUUUUGAGCUUGUUCUUACAAAAAUGAAGCCUUACUAUAUUUCAUGCGGCGAGCACGACGGUGCUCACUGCAGCAAUGGCACUAUGAAGUUCACAGUCAUGCCUAUCCUCCCCCGUUGGUAAUUGUUUAGGUUUUAAAAGCCAACUCCAACGUCAAAAGUAUCAAACAUUAGGUUUUCAUUUCGUUGUUGUGUCGCCAAUAAAACAGUUUACCAUUAUUCACAUUUUGUUGGGAGUUGUUUCCGUUGUUGCUUUGUCUUUUUAUUUAUGAGAUCACCAUUUUUAUGUAUAUCACCAUAUUUUCCAUGGGAAAAAACUAAUGGCAGGAUUUGGUGUUUUUAUUCAAAAAUAAGAAAAAUAUUUGGGCGAAC